AUGGCGGAAUCAACCAGGAUCACACCCCUCGAGCCGGACUUCCCAUUCCAGAUUAUUUCACACCUGGUUCCAGUCGCACCUUUCCGAGAAUACCCACACGCAAUAAUUGACGAAACGAAAGGAGUGCGUCUCGCUGUAAAACAGUACAUUCCCAGAGAUGUGAGACCCGCCGACAGAGAGGACGCGAUCACGAUCAUCGCGGCCGGGGGACUGGGCUUCAUCAAAGAGCUGUAUGAGCCUCUUUUCGAAGAGAUAUUCCGCCGCUGCUCCCGGUCAGGCAUGAAAAUUCGCUCCAUAUGGAUAGCGGAUAUGUUCAAUGUGGGCGAAAGUGCCGUUGCGAAUACCGACAAUUUGGGCUGUGAUCCUGCGUGGAUUGAUCAUGCGCACGAUCUGUGGAGUGUGAUCAACUUUUUCAAGUCUGAGAUGGCGAAGCCGAUUAUUGGUCUUGGCCAUUCGUACGGAUGCAAUCAGCUGCUUUGUCUGUCGUCCUGGCAUCCGAGUCUCUUCCACUCGUUUGCAUUUAUUGAGCCCGGGAUCGAUGAGCAGUAUGGCAGGGGCAUUACUAUCCCAUGGUCGCUUUCUGUACUCAGGCAGCGGGAUAGGUGGUUGACAAAGGCGGAGGCGGAGGAAGGUGCUGUCAAGGGACAGCAUGCAGAGACUUGGGAUGAAAGAGUCCAGGCCAGGUUGAAGAGGUACAGCGUAGUGAAAAGGACGGCCGCGGCAGGGGAGACGUGGAACCUGACAACCCCGAAAGACCAAAUCGCCAGCUUGGUCAGCCGGUUUAACCCAGAGAUGCUUGGUCUUGGACCGGGAGGUAUCGAGGAGAUGACGCUAGAACAGCGACAAAGGAUACCCGAUAUUGACCCGAGCGCAAACAACCUGGGUCCGUUCUACCGAAAGGAACUUCGGAUGGCGUGGAGACUACUGCCUGGUGUUCGGCCUUGGGUUUUGUAUAUCAAUGGAAGCAAUUCGCCUUUUUUUGGGCACCCCGAAACGCGAGAAGAGAGGGCUCGACUUACUGGAAUUGGCGUCGGGGGAAAUGGUGGAAUGAAACUGGGUGCAGUAAAGCAGAUUGUCAUCGAGAAGGGCCGGCAUACCAUGCCUUUUGACCGCAAUAUGAAUCAGGUUGCAGAGCAAGUGUCGGACUGGUUAAAGACAGAAUCAGGCAGGUGGAUAGAGGGUGCUGAAAGGCAUCGAGAGGAUUGGAUAAAAAGGUCCACUGAAGAAAAGCAAACAGUGGGAUCGGAAUUUAUAGCUGCUCUUGCUGCGGAGAUGAAAAAAAUGAAAAGGCCGGGGAAGAUGUAA